GUACAUUUAUCAGUAAGUAGGACCCAGUAAAUGGGAGGACAUCGUGACGAUAUUUUUCAUGAAAUGCGUAUAUAUUGACGAGCCGCCUCGUGACACGCAAUAUGUAUUAAUUAAUGUUAACGAGCCAGUGAACCUCUUCUGUACAUGACAUUUAAAGUGCGUAAUUCAUCGUGUGCUUUCAAACCUCCUCUGCCGUUUUAAACUCUAUUUCGUCUCUUUGUACAAUUUUUACUCGUUUACCGUAUAAACAUUGGGUAAUAAUAGCCAAUAAUAUUGUCGGCUAAUAGCGACAGGAAUUAAUCGUGUAUUAUCGUUUAAAUAUUAACUGUUAAUUGACUAAAUAACUGACACAGCGCGAGUCGAUAUGUCGAUUAAUAUAAAACGCAUCUAAUGCACCUCGUUUCUUUCGAUUUUAAUUGGAGUAUGCCCCAGACUUUGUGGAAUAUUAUUGCAGUCUCCUCUACCAUAAAUGCUAAAAAAUGCCACCAAAACAGAGAAAAAUAGCUAUAAUGGGUUACCGAUCCGUAGGCAAGUCAUCACUGAGCAUACAGUUCGUCGAGGGACAGUUUGUGGAUUCAUAUGACCCUACUAUAGAAAAUACAUUUACUAAAAGCACUCGAGUAAACAGUCAAGAUUAUGAAGUUAAACUGGUAGACACAGCAGGUCAAGAUGAAUAUAGUAUAUUUCCAACUCAGUAUUCAAUGGACAUUCAUGGAUAUGUUCUCGUAUACAGUAUCACCAGUGCAAAAAGUUUUGAAGUUGUACAAAUAAUUUAUGACAAGUUAUUGGACAUAACAGGAAAAGUCCAUGUUCCAAUCGUAUUAGUAGGAAAUAAAACGGAUUUAUACGUAGAUCGAAUGAUAACGACAGAACAAGGUAAGCGAUUGGCAGACUCUUGGCAUGCAGCUUUCCUAGAAACCAGUGCAAAGCAAAACGAGUCUGUCGCCGAUAUUUUUCAUACAUUAUUGAUCGAAAUUGAAAAAGCUGAUGGAAAUGUACAAGAAAAAUCCAACUGCAUUAUUUCCUAAAUGAUAUUAGCUGAGAAUAUAAUUAUGAUGCGAUGUAUAUGUAUAAAAAGCAAGUGGCAAAAUUGGCAUUAUAAUAAUACUCGUCCAAAAACAAAUUAAGUGUAACAAGAUACA